CGACCCAAAACUGGCAAAUUUUAGUAAAGUUGGGAUUAUUAUGCAUCACAGUGAAAGGUGGGAUUAUUUUUGAAACACCGGCUAAAGUUGGGAUUAUUUUGGGUAAUUUUUCUUUUAAUUUAUCCUACAACAUAACAAACCAUUUAUUCUGUGUUUGACUUCUUUAAGGUGAAAAAAUAUAUAUGUGAUCAUAUUACCAAAUAUGAAGGUAAAGUAAAAAUGUUAACAUCCUCUCACAAUGCAAUUUGAGGCACAUUGUAAGCAUAUGAAUUGUUAAAUUUCUUCAUACUAUCAAGCAAUGGUGUUCUCAUACUGAGUCUUUUUUAUUACAUAUUUUGAUUUAGAUUAUUUAACUAUUGGUAAUUAAACAAUUAAGACUACAUGUUAGCAUUCCCUGUAUAUGCCACUCUUAGUAUUUUGACAAAAAAACAGACACUUUUUGAAGAAAAAGCUUUAUGAACCCAAUGGCAACCUCUUCAAUCUCAUUUACGAAUGUGUGUCCAAAAAAAUAAAGAAAGAAUCUUGAGUUAAUAAGAUUUUAGUGCCAUUUGAUCCUACCAAAUCUGUUUUUUGAUAUUCAUUAGACUAAAAAUUGUUAGCUCAGAUGAACUUUUGGGUGUUCCAGUCUAUUGGAUCGAGUGUUGUAGCAUUGAGUAGCCUUUUCAAGGCUUUCUGAUUGCGUUCAGUUCACUUUGUGGAGUGAAUGCGAAGUAUUCUGUUUGCUAUUAAGUAGGGCUAGACUAUGUUAUUAAUCCUUAACGGUUCAUUUGGUAGUUGCAUUGUGCUCUUGAUUCAACACGCAGAUGCAUCAUGUGGGUAGAAUUUUAGAGGCAGUAAAUCCUUCUUGGCUUCCAUUUUUAAUUAAAACUGAAAGAACAGACACAUUUGUUAUUUUAGACUGAUAGCGUACUACAAUAAUCAGAUGACAUCCUCCUUUUUUCAACAGCAAUAUGAAAAAAUCUCGCCAAAAUGUUGUAGCAACCGUCCAUGCACGAUCUCCAAUGCACAAUCUCUAGACACUACAAUCUCGCCACCAAUUCUAUUCAUCUGUUUCUGUCAAAUUGGAGAGCCACGUUCCCAGCCAUGCAACACAGCCUUCUUUUUAUCAUUUUCAGAGAACUACAUGUUACUUUCAUCAAACAAAUCACUUAUAUUACACCAACGCAUGUUUAAUGACAAAUGUUUUUUAACCUUGACUUUGGAUGCUACACUAUUUGAGGAACAACCAUUGGAGCAUAUGGUGAUUGUGAUUCAACAAGCUAGAGUAAAUACGUUUCAAUUCCAAGGACUCUUGGUGGGAUGCAUCAACUUCAACCUCUUAAGUUAUCGUGUAAUGAUAUUUCAAGUUCAAAACAAAAAGAAUUCCUUGAUACAGUCCAAUCGAGAGUCGUUGCUACCAGGUAUUCAGGUAUUUCUGACAUUUCUAAGAAUUCUACAUGCAAUGUUUUUAGAUGUAUUUCAUUUUAUGCUUUUUGCAUUAAAUAGUUCGUCAUAUGCAGUAUGUUAUGUGGAGAUUACAUAUAUGUGAACUAAUAUAUGAUUAUUAUUAAAAAAAGAUGGAUCUUAUGUAGUGUACGGAACUAUUGUUGUAGUGAAGUGAACAAUAACACUGAUUAGUGGUAUUUAUCGUGCAAGUGCAAUAGAGCUAUUGAACCCGAUGGUGCCAUGUAUUAUUGCAUGCAUUGCUCAUGUCAUAUAUUGAAUCUCAGCCAAGGUUCAACUAUAUAUAGUCUCUGCUCCAAAAUUUGUAUUUACUCUCCUUGGUAUAGCUUCCCUUUGAAUCAUGCCACCCAGCGAUGGGAGAUAUUACCCAUCGAUGGGUAAGCAGCCUUCAGCCCAACUGAUUUCCAGAACCAUGCCAAACAGCGAUGGAAAGUUCUACCCAUCACUGUUUAAGCCUUGGUCCAACAUUUUCACAAGGCAGAAUGCCCUUACCCAGCGAUGGGAACCUUUACCCAUCGAUGGGAACCCAGCGAUGGGAGGGCAUACCCAUGGCUGGGAAGUUUGUUUCCCUUGGCUGUACGAAGGAAAGUCUGUAGCUCAGGAGAAAUGGGGAUGUACCCUGGUCCGUGCUGAUGGACGAGGUUUCCUAUCUGUCAUCGACCCCGAAGGUAAUACCAUUGACAAUACUCAGCCCUCUGCCACCCGUCGACGCCCGUCAUCUCCGCCGACGCACGUCCUCGCCAGCCCCGCCGUCGUCUUCAGCCACGCCAGACCCUUCAGCCACGCCGUUCGCCCAGCCACGCCGUCUCCCAGCCGCGCCAGCCGCGCCGUCCACAAGCCGUCGCCACCCAUCGUCGCCGCCGCUAGUACUCCACUGGCUCAAUUCUUCGAAUUGCGCGAGGAAGCUAAACAGAAUGGGUUGCAAGUCACCGACAAAGAAAUAUGGUACUCGUUAGUUGAGGGCCAUAACGCGAAGAACCGCGUUCCUGGAGUUGGUGACUACGAGCGGGAAAUGAGGAAGAUGAAUCCGUCCUCCAAACCUCGCCGUUCCAGCACGAGUAGUAGAAGCAGAGCGGAGAUAUCAGCACUCAAAGAGCAAAACCAAAGGCUGCAGGAACAAAUUGAUAGUCUAACCUCGAACUUGUCGCUGACAAUUCAGGAGGAGAUAAGGAAGCUAUAUGGUGGUAACCUUCCUCGACGAGGCGAUGAUGAUGAAACGGGAGGGGCAGGGCAGCCCGGGAUUUGUUGAGACCUUUACGACCUUAGCUUCCUCCAUUUUAAACACUUGACACUAACAUUUUAAUAUUUAUUGUUAGAACAUAAUGAAUUAUGUUACAUUCG